AUGACGGUAAAAGCAUUGACGCAGAUCUCCUCUGCCGGCCGUAAUGGCGUCGGCGCAUUCGUCUUGCAGUGCAAGAAGUUGGACAUCCACUACAGUGACUGGGCCGGCAGCUCCCGGGGCAUGAACGGCUUCAUCAAAUCCCUCCUCCCCAAAUUCGCCGCCGCCAACCCGCAAAUCGAGUUCGUCGUCUCUCCCCGGCCCGCCAAGCACCCGAUCCUCAUGGGCCACUACAUCAACGGGCGCACCAAGGCCAUUUGCGUGCGCAACAUGGAGCCGCUCGAGAUCCUCAAGAAGGCCGAGCUCCUCCGCGACGCGAGCGGCGAGAAGCCCCAGAAGUUCAAGAAGCCCGUCACCAGCACGAACCCCAGUGUCAGAGGCGUCUGGUCGCCUUACCAUGGGCAGGGUAUGGCUGUAUAA